CUGCAGUCCAUGUACGGAUCACCUCUCAUUGUUUACAUUUCAAAUCGGUAUGUUCCCUGGGUUUUUGGGGUUGUCAUUUACGCGGAAUCGACUCUAACCUUUUAUCGAUUAUAUAUAUUUCUUAGGUUAAGCGUAAAAAUACCCACAGAGGUAAAAUCGAGUAGAGAAGCGACGACUAGCCCUGUGUGCUAACAAGCUAACCCAGCUUCAUUUUUACUGUCACCCAGUUGCUCCAAAAAUGCCACGUUAGCCUUCGUAUUUAAGAUGGAUUUCUUCCUGUCAGGAUUUCCAGGAUAAACCCAUGAUUGAGUGGGAAUAGCACCAAGUCAGCCGUAAGGGCAGAGCCCCUCACUUGAGGGAAUAUUCCAGGUGCACAAUGUUUGGUGUACCUCAAAGUUCCAAGUCUGAAUUCCUGGACAACGCCAGGCAGGCCAGGGAGGAGAGGAAGGGUCAGAAGGAGAAGGAGAGAGCAGCAACCCAGAUCCAAGCUCUGGUUCGGAGAUUCCUCUGUCGCUGCAGACUGCAGAAGCAAAUUGGGAAAGAAGUUGACAAGUAUUUCCAGGCCUCUGAACCUGGCACAUCAAAAAGAAAUGCACUUUCAAUUUUCAAAAUUGCUCAGAAGUUGAUGUUUAUAUUUUGUCAAGAGGACAAGAUGAGGUUUGAGAAGCUCUGUCGUGCUAUUCUGGCCAGCAUGGAGGUUGAAAAUGAACCUAAAGUCUGGUAUGUGUCAUUGGCCCUUUCCAAAGAUCUUAUUAUACCCUGGCUCAAACAGAUUAAAGAUGUCCUAUGGACCUGCUGUCAGUUAUUAAAAAAUCUCAAGCCUGACAUACUUCAGGACAAUACAUUGGUUACACUGUACCUCACCAUGCUGGUAACAUUCACAGACAUGUCAACCUGGAGGAUAGUGCGUGGAAAAGGAGAAGCUUUCCGACCUGCUUUAAUGAAGAUCUGUGAAAACAUCAUGGGCCAUCUCAAUCAAAAAGGAUUUUAUUCCAUGUUUCAGAUCUUGUUGACCAAUGGCUUGGCUCGUUCUAAGCCCUCCCUGUCCAAAGGCAGUCUCACAGCAGUUUUCACCCUGUCAUUAAGGCCGGUCAUUGCUGCUCACUUCUCUGACAACUUCCUGAGAUCAUUCCUUGUGCACAUCAUGUCAGUUCCCGCUCUCAUAUUCCACCUCACUAUGCUAACACCAGAGUGCAUGACAACAAUCCAGACCCAUGACUUCCUGAGGAAGUUUAUUUUGUUUCUCAGUCAGGAAGAACAGUGUUCAGACAUCUGUGUGUGUCUGGAGGGGAGCCACGCACUCUGCCUACUUGGUAAUCUGAUUCACUUGGGUUACAUAAAUGAGAAGGUUCUGGAAGAGGAGGCCCAUCAGUUUGUGAAGGACUUAACUGUCAUGUUGUCAUACUGCCAGAGAUAUGUGUCCCAGAAGAACUCCAACCUCACACACUGGCAUCCUGUGUUCGGCUGUGUCUCCCAAAAUGUAGACUAUGGUCUGAUUGAAUCAAUGCCACUGGUCAACAAACAGCUUCAGUACCUUUGGGGCGUCUCUGUCAUCCGAACGCUCUUCAGUGAUGUCCUGUCUAAAAAGCUUGAAAGUCAAGAACCUACUCCUCCACCUCCACAGCCCAGCACCUCACAGAACAACCUGCCUGUUAAAAAUCUUUUUAAGCGAGCGUUUCAGAAGUCCGCUUCAGUUAGGAACAUCCUGAAACCAGUAGGUGGAAAGCGAGUCGACUCGGCCGAGGUCCAGAAGGUGUGCAGCAUCUGUGUACUGUACCAGACCGCUCUGUCUACACUAACACAAAUACGCCUCCAGAUCCUCACAGGUCUGACCCACCUCGAUGACCUUUUGCCCAAACUAUGGGCCUUCAUCUGUGAGCUUGGUCCUCAGGGAGGACUCAAACUCUUCAUGGAGUGUCUGAACAACGACACGGACGAGUCCAAGCAGCUUCUGUCCAUGCUCAUGCUGUUUUGUGACUGCGCACGGCAUCUCAUCACAAUUCUUGAUGACAUCGAGGUGUACGAAGAACAAACAUCCUUCAAGACAGAGGAACUCAUCACUAUCUCCUCGUUUCUGAACACAUUUGUGUACAAGAUGGUAUGGGAUGGCAUCUUAGAGAACGCAAAAGGAAAGAAACUGGAGUUGUUCCACAGCGUUCACGGCUGGCUGAUGGUUCUCUACGAACGAGACUGCAGGCGACGGUUCACACCAGAUGACCACUGGCUACGCAAGGACCUGAAACCAAUCCUGUUGUUCCAAGAGCUGGAGAAGGGAAAGAAAAGAGCUCAACUUUUGUUGCAGUACAUCCCCCAAGCCAUUCCACAUAAAAACAGGGUUCUGUUGUUUAGGAACAUUGUAACAAAGGAAAAGGAAAACUUGGGCCUGGUUGAAACCAGCUCAGCUUCACCUCGUGUCACACAUAUUACCAUCCGUCGUUCACGUAUGAUGGAGGAUGGCUAUGACCAAUUGCGUCGUUUACCGGUGAAUUCCAUAAAAGGUGUCAUCCGUGUGAAGUUUGUGAAUGACCUGGGAGUGGACGAGGCUGGUAUCGACCAGGAUGGUGUCUUUAAGGAGUUUCUGGAGGAGAUUAUUAAAAAGGUGUUCAAUCCAGCUCUCAACCUGUUCAGGACUACGAGUGGAGACGAAAGGCUGUUUCCUUCACCCACAUCUUAUAUCCAUGAGAACCAUUUACAGCUGUUUGAGUUUGUGGGUAAGAUGCUUGGGAAAGCUGUCUAUGAGGGCAUUGUGGUAGAUGUGCCGUUCGCCUCCUUCUUCCUCAGUCAGGUCUUGGGUCACCAUCACAGCACAUACAGCUCCAUUGAUGAGCUUCCUUCCCUGGACUCCAUGUUUUACAAAAACCUCACAUCCAUAAAGCGUUAUGAUGGAGACGUGCGGGAUUUAGAACUGACACUCUCCUAUGAUGAGGAUGUCAUGGGACAGCUCGUCUGUCAUGAGCUCAUACCUGGUGGGAAAACAAUGGUCGUCACCAAUGAGAACAGAUUAAAGAACAAACGGCAGCUUUUAUUCGAGGUUUUCACUGCAUCAUUAAUCCAGAGUGGCUGCACACGUUUUCAACACCUGAGGUUCAACGUCUGGUCUCAGGAGACAACGCUGAGAUUGAUCUUGAUGACCUCAAUUUGUUACCAGCUGUUCAAGGCCACCUCUGCUAGGAUUUGCCUACCUCAAGCCACCUUUCUCCAUCCGCUGUGUGGAGGUUUCAGACGAUCAGGACACUGGAGACACACUUGGCAGUGUUCUGAGAGGCUUUUUUACCAUUCGCAAGAAGGAACCCGGGGGUCGUCUUCCUACUUCCUCCACAUGCUUCAACCUGCUGAAGCUGCCCAACUACAGCAAAAAAAGCAUCCUUUGUGACAAGCUGCGCUACGCGAUCAGUAUGAAUACAGGCUUUGAACUGUCCUAACUAAAUUGGAUCAGGACAAUUUGCACACAAGGCCUGUGUCCAACAGCCUGAACCGAGUUUCAGGCCCAUCUUAUCAGGACUCGAACCUGUUACAUCAGAGGGAACGACACACAGACUGAAGGGGAGAUCACAGAGGACCCACACGGUCGUCUUUUAUCUAUCCAGGACUGAACAAGCUCAGUUUGACUUCAGAUGCUGUUUGCGCAGCACGAUGUGAUUUUAAAGAUUUCCCUCUGCCAUUACAAUAAUCUGUGUGUUCAACUCGGUGAAAUACAGUUGCACAGAGGCUGAAUCUGUUUCUCAGGCUUAACAGAAUCAUUUUGUAUCCAACAAGCCCCUUCUAGGUGAACUGGAAAGCAAAACAAAUGCAAUGUAAGCUAUUAGACACAUGGUUGACUCACACAAGUGAAACCAUGCAAUGGAUUGUCAUGAGCUCAAAUCUUUGGACUUGCUGCGGUAGGACGAGUCCUUUAAGUGUUUCGUUGAACACAAGGUGUCUUCUAUAAUAUGGACAAAGACAAAUCAUUCUCAUGUCAUUGAUAUCUGUGCAUAAUAAGUGCUCACAAGAAUAAUGUGUAAAUAUGUUGACUAUAAAUCUCAAAGGAAAUUUUGGAAGGAAACAACAUCAUUUAAUUUCACAGUAGAGGACACUGCAUAUAACAGAGAGAAGUGUUAAUCCAGUGGUUUAUAUCUUCUUGGUACAAAUGAAAACACUGCAUUUCUUGAACAGCAUCAAAAAGCUCCUACUGUUUAAUUCAGAAUGAUUUGUUCUAAUAUUGGAUCUUUUCAUGACUGGUCCUCCCAUUUCGGUGGAGCAGAGGGAAGCAAGUGUUCAUCAUGUUGUGUUUUGAUGUACACUCCAAAAUAAGAAGAGUAAAAUCAAUCAGUUCUUUGUACUUUGUUGUAAAAAUAAACUCUUUCUUACACUACACAGAGUGCCUCAUGUAACGUCAUCCCCCUUCAUUCUAAUAACAGACUGUGUCUCAGCUGUUUCCAGUAACCAUGUAUAUAUUGGAGAAAGCCAUAGAAAUAACCACUGCAACUACAACUACAACAACAUCGACGGAGAGAUUUGACGCAGCGUCCUCUCCUGACUCUGUGGAUGUUGUAAGCCAUGCUAAAAAGUUACUUGUGGUGUAAAAGCCUCACAUUAUACGAUGUCAUGAACUGGUUAAUUAACCAGAUGUGACUGUUUGAUUUGAUGCUCCCUUUAGGUGGAAAUCUUGCACUCAUACAUCAGCUGUCUCUGGGGAAAAUAAACUAUAGGGUGAAUGCGACCUUGUAAUAAAGCCUAAGUAUCCAAGGGUUCAACUUUUUUUUAUUUUAGACAUUAACCCAAAAAUCCAUGUGACUCUCAAGGAGUCUUUUAAAAAGACAUUAUAGAAGGUUUUAUUCUAAAUAAAAAAAAUAAAGAUUUUCUUUAUUAUACAAAUGACUUCUGUCAUGAAUAAGAGAAAACUGUCAACAAAUAACAUGCACUAAAGAACAUGUCCUUGUCACUUUCUUAUAUGUGACAUUGUUUUUAAGAUAUUAAAUGGGAACCA